UUCGAGUCCCGUCCGGUUGGUGGUCAGAACGACCUCCUCAGUGUCCUACUGGCCGGGCCAACCUCUCAUCCUCCGCUUCAUCUUCGCCGAAUCCAACCUCCGGUACCAGUGACGGCGUCUCAACACAACUGUGCUGCUCCAGUCGUCCAGACUCUUGCGGCCGUGGUUGCUAGGUCGUCUCUGCACCCCUGCCUCUGGCCGCAGGCCUCCGACAGCCUUUCGCAACCCCCUAGACCAGACCGACGCCAACACGGCCUCAACUUUAUUGUUGGUAAACACUGGGCAAUGCGGGUUGCCAGCGGGGGUUGGGAAACACCCGACCCAAUUUGA